GGGCUGGUUCCCAGGGCACGUGUUGGGCUGUUGGGACUUGGCGGGUUAUCCCAGACAGCGCGGUGUGGCUUUCCGGCAGGCGGUGGGACUCGGAUCGUUCUUCGCGCGCUCUCCAGGAAUCUCAGCGAUCCACCUGCCUCUGCCUCCCUAGUGCUGGGAUUAAAGGCGUGUGCCAGCACGCUGUCCCUAACCCCUUUCGUUAAGGCCGGAGGACCAGGCGUGUAAAGCCAGAUCCCGCUACCAAGCGAAUUGGAGGCCAUCCUGGACCACAGAUUGAGACCUUCUCACAAAAAUACUCCUCCCUCCUAAUACUAGGCAACUCUGAACCAGUGCAAUGGCAAAAAUGGAUGUCAGCCUGUGGUCCUCUCAUGAGAAGAUGUUGACACAGCCCCUCAAGGACAGUGACGCUGAGGUUUACAACAUCAUUAAAAAGGAGAGCCACCGGCAGAAGGUUGGACUAGAGCUGAUUGCCUCAGAGAACUUUGCCAGCAGAGCUGUGUUGGAGGCCCUGGGGUCUUGCUUAAAUAACAAAUACUCCGAGGGGUAUCCAGGCCAAAGGUAUUAUGGUGGGAAUGAGUUCAUUGAUGAGCUGGAGACACUGUGUCAGAAGCGUGCAUUGCAAGCCUAUCAUCUGGAUCCUCAGUGCUGGGGAGUCAAUGUCCAGCCUUAUUCAGGCUCCCCUGCAAACUUUGCUGUGUAUACUGCCCUGGUAGAGCCCCAUGGGCGUAUCAUGGGCUUGGACCUGCCAGAUGGAGGUCAUUUGACUCAUGGCUUCAUGACAGACAAGAAGAAAGUCUCUGCUACAUCUAUCUUCUUUGAAUCUAUGCCUUAUAAGGUGUACCCAGACACUGGCUACAUCAACUAUGACCAGCUGGAGGAGAACGCCAGCCUCUUUCACCCGAAGCUGAUCAUCGCAGGCACCAGCUGCUACUCCCGGAACCUGGACUAUGCACGUCUGCGAAAGAUCGCAGACGAUAACGGGGCAUAUCUCAUGGCAGACAUGGCACACAUCAGUGGGCUGGUAGCAGCUGGUGUGGUGCCCUCCCCUUUUGAACACUGCCAUGUGGUGACCACCACAACCCACAAAACCCUGAGAGGCUGCCGUGCUGGUAUGAUAUUCUACAGAAAGGGUGUGCGCAGUGUGGAUCCCAAGACUGGCAAAGAGAUUCAUUAUGAGCUGGUAAUCACUCAUCAACUCUGCUGUGUUCCCAGGCCUCCAGGGGCCCCCACAACCAUGCCAUUGCUGGUGUUGCUGUGGCCCUGAAGCAAGCCAUGACAACAGAAUUCAAAAUCUACCAGCUCCAGGUGGUGGCCAACUGCAGGGCUC